AUGGACCGCGACGAUCCGUUCGUGACAUUUAUCAGGAACGUGUCAGGAGGCUUUAUCGUCCCAGCUGGAGCGGUGCCGCGCUCCUAUGUGUCCCGGGAUGGCUUUCUGGUCGAAGUGAAGGCGAUCCGUUCAAGUUCAUAUAUCACUAUGAAAUUCACGGCUCCUCCAAGUCUAGAUAGACGAGCGAUUAUCGCACUUAUCCCGAGAGAAUCAUGGGGUUCAGUCGAUACCGCAGUAAAACUUACUGAUGAGGAUGUAAGGCAGUCGGUCAUCCGAACUAUCAGAGCGAGCAAGGACCUUCAAAUGGGUGUGCGCGUGACGGGUAGUAGGUGUGCAUCUGGUGACGACUACAGCUGUGGAGAUGCUCUUGGGUCGAGUUACUCUGGUCAUAGGAGACUUCACGGGGUCCCGUCUCUCUCUCUUGGUUCAGAUUCAACUGACCAAUCUUGGGGUACUUUGAGAACACCCAGCAGGGUUCAUCCUACUCUGAAGAUCGCUAGAUACCCUCCUGGACAAACCGGAAUCAAGCUGGCUAAAAUCUGGAACAAACCUAUGUCGUCUGCGUUGCCCUUCUCACUUUCUCCACAUGUGGUUGUCUUGGCAUCGCCUGACCUUGUAGAGUUAUUAGCAGACAAAAAACUCCCUCAAUUGCCUGAUCUUUUAAGGUCGUUCACUCCUCUUGAAUCAAUAUCAGCACGUACUACAGCGCUUGCGACAACAACACAUGACAGAUAUUUUCUAAGGUUUUCUGAUCUAUUGGAUGUGGAGACGGUGUGCAAGGAAGACGAAGAGGCUCGGGCUGGCCGCAUGUUCGAUUGGAUUAGUAGUCGUGUGUCUAAGCGGGCCGCUGCCUGGGUCCGAGAAAUAGAGGAAAGACCUUUGAAUUUAGCUAAGGAAAUGAAAUGGUGGGAGGACAUAAGGCUUUGCACAGAGGGUGAUAUUGCCCCCGCUCGGACGGAAGGAUGGAACCACCCGGUCGCCUUGAUAUUGGCGACCUCUACCAUGGCAUCUAACCCUCUGCAAGCUAUCACCAACCUACACUCUCGUGCACUCGAUUUUCCUCCCUGGGUUGACCCUGUAUUGCUAAAAUUUACUCUUAUCAUUCAUCCAAUCUCAUUUUCUCCACUUAAUAUGGACGAAUCGCAGGCACUGUUUAACGCAGUAAAGAAGCAACAGGGCGCUCACACACAUCUUAUGUGUUGGUCUUUAUCGGGGUCUUCGUCGCUCAACCCAUUUAUCCCACCACCACCACGACUCCCUCCACCUCCGAAUGAUAUUACUGAGACUCCCAGUAGCCAUCCUGAGGAUAUGGCUGAGGAACACAACAGGGGUAGUAUAGCUCUAGCUGAUGAUGAUCUCGAGACUAUUGGCCGAUUUGUCAGGGAGUUUGUGACUCAAAGUCUUAUUCCAUGGAUGGAGCGCAAUGUAAUUGAAUGGAACGAAGCCUAUGUUGCCACGCGUAGACUCCCUUCCCGUCUAUUCUCAACCACCCGUCGGCUUUUCGGAACAUCUGGAUCAUCUACACCAGCUCCCUCAAGUCCCUCCUCCCCAGCGCCCUCUACGGCUGUUCAACAGCGACGUCUUGCGGAGUUUGCCACGUUUCUUGGCGAUCUAAAGCUUGCAACAACCGUAUUCGAUACCUUACGCAAGGAUACAUCCAAUGCUAGUGCUGCCGAUGUACUACCUCUCUUGCUAACGCCGUCGAGAAUGCUUGAGACGUAUGCACAUAAUGCACUACUCGGAGCCCGACUUAUUGGAAAGGACCCAUCUCCUUCAUCCCAACUCCGCGCUUUGAAGUAUGCUGUCCGUUGGGAGCGUGGUAUACGCGAAUUAAAUGCCAUAGGAGGCGACCAGUGGUUGAUGUGGGCAGCCGGCUCAUCUGAAGAGGUCCCUACGGCUCUACUCCUAGCCCAGGCUGCGCAAUUGUGCGCUCGAAAAGGCUCUUCACGAAGAGCAACACUUUGCUACGUUGCGGCUGCCGAAAGGCUCGAUAAAUGCGGAAUCAAACCUUUGACAAUGCACUUCCUUCGAUUGGCCCGAGACCUUUGUAACACUCCGGUACAGAAACUUUUGUCGCCUGCAUUUUUUGAGGCAGAAGACAAUACACGGUGCGGUUUUGACGGAAUUUCUUCCGGAAUUGACCAUGCCUUGGGUCGUCUGAAGUAUACGACUGGCGACGCAGAGGGUGCAGUCAAAACAUUUAUCUCCCUGUUACAUCCGGCCAGCGCGAAAGAAGCAACAAAGGGAGAUGAUGAAACGUAUAUUGAAGACUUUAAAGUGGCACUUGAACACCUAAUCUCUACAUCCGGACAUGAAGUAAUAUCUCAAUUGGCGCUCCCAGUUCGCUUCUGCCAGCCCCAAAAAACUCAAAUCCGGGUUGGCACUUUGGACUCUGACGAAGACUCCCAGAUCUGGAAUCAGCUUGAAGAGAGUUGGAAGAGGCACUGGAAACCUAACGGACAAUGCAUUCUGCGUAGUUCGGGGAUUGCUCAAGCCGAAGAGAUGUUUUGGGUAGAGUUGAGCGUGUAUAAUCCACUAGAUGCAGAGGUUACUCUUAGCGACUUGACGCUUACAAUAGACGCAUUGGAUGGAAUCAAGGUUGCAAUCGAGUCAUUGUCAGAAGUUGGGCUCAGGCCGAAAGAAACCCGCUUACUCCAUAUGGGAUUAACCUGCCAGUCUCCAGGAACGAUCACUAUUUCUCAUAUAACAUAUCGUUUCCUUUCACUUCUUCCUACUACGGAGCCUCUUACCUGGCGUGGUGCACGUUUACAUACCACCCCACAGCAGCGGCAAGGCAAAGUGUACGGCCCCGAUAAUGCUAUCCGCGUACAGGUUCUUCCAAAGGGUGCAAGGCUUGACAUCGAGCUUGCAGAGGCCGACUCACGUCCCAUGUGCCUGGGUGAGCUGCGGAAGGCGAUAAUGCGCCUGGAACAUCCGAUUGUCGGAGGGAGUACUGAGCCAUUAACGGAUAUCUGGGUAGUGAUGGGCGAGGCAGGGUGGCCAUUCUUGCCCCAGUGUCUAGAUCAUCAAGAUGAAAAUGGUCUGUCGGCGAAUGGCAUCGGCCUUCGUAAUACGCUUGAUCAACCUGGUCCUGUGAGACUUCCCCUUGAAAAGCUUACAGGAUCUCCGUUGCUUGGGUUGGGCAAACACUUGGAUCUUCAGGUUGCAUAUUGUGGACAUGAACCCGGUUUGCACGAUAUCUCGAUUCUGCUCGUGUUUCGUAAGUUCCUGGAUCCAUAUUCUCUAUCCCUAAUUAUCAUUUCGGGAGAUGUCCCCCGCUUUUCACCUGCUGGAAACUUUUUGACGGAGAACGAUGAGACAUUUUAUACAACACGCAUGAAGAUCCCUUUUCAUGUCGAGAAGUCAUUGCAGACCGUGGCACAUGUACAGCCGUCUGCGGAUAUCAAAGAGUGUGCAUAUACCCUCAUGGUUGAGGUCCACAAUGCGGGGGCUCAAGAUGUGCAAAUCUCUCGGCUCUCAACCACUUCCAUCGCAUGGGGUAUACAAGCCUCGACAUCAACCAAACGCGCACCCUUGUCAAUACCCCCUGGACAGCUAGGAAGAACUUCAGCUGUUAUUUUGCCACAGGGGAAACCCCGCAUAGAGCAGGCUAUUGAGACGAAUGCAUUCACGGCCCGCCAGUUGAGAAAUGUACUUGAAGAAGUCUCCCCGGGUCCUCGGGAGGCCCCACUAAGCAUAGAACUUUCCUGGUCGCAUAUUGAGUCACCACCAAAGGUUGAGGUUUCGUUGGCACGGCACUUUUUACUUGCAUCACGACGCGCGCAUGUCAUAAAACAAUUACGCACCCAGCUCCCUCUCAUUCCAUCCACUCGUGCAGAAAACCUUGUUCCACUAUUCGGCGCACACGAUUUGGAUGUCAUCCUUGAGUAUAAUUCUGGUGACAUCCGGGGAUUCCUAUUCGCUCACGGCUUGCAAGUUGGUGGCCUACAUGGAGGGCUUAUGCAGGAGCAAGACUUAGACGAUAUCCAAGGAGCUGCAUCAAACGGUGUUAAGAAGAAAAAGAAAGGGAGGAGUAUGUAUGCGGAAACCGAGAGAGAACGAGAAAUGCUUGCCUCACAGAUUCGAGGCUCUAUGUGGAAUGCAAGUGGGCCGUGUAUAAGCGCAUACGUAUGCGGACCAGGAACUGAGGUAGUGGUGCAAGAGGGCAAGGCUAGUACAAUACCCGUGACGUUUACUCUCCGCAAUUUCUCCAUGUCUCGCACGGUGAAGUGCAUGCUGGAUCUGAAACAGAAGUUCGAUAUUCUCCUGUCUCCAUCACACCUUGCGGCAGUUUAUGCAGUCGUGUCACGACCGGGUGUGUAUGGAAUUGGUGGGUGGAAUGUGCAGUACGAGGUAGCAGCAAGCGACACCGGCGAGUGGAGGGCUGGAGAGGCCUACAUCACUGCCACACCUGCCCCAGAGGAAGAGACUAUCAUUGUUGUACGCCAGGGCUAA